CAUUGUACUGAAACAACCUCAAAAAAGAAACUGUCGGCGUCAUUGGUAAUAAACGUGGCAGUGUUGUGUUCGUGUGUUGUGUGCUUCGAAAUAAUUUAUAAAAAUGUUCGGCGACAUGAUUCUGAGGACACUGGCGUUGGUCUCAUGUCUUGUGUAUGUGCAUGCAUACUUUAUACAUGUCGACGCGCAUGCAGAGGAGUGCUUUCACGACACUGCGACAUCCGGUACUAAAAUGGGUCUCACAUUUGAAGUUGCCGAAGGGGGCUUUCUGGACAUCGACGUGAAGAUCACCGGGCCUGACGGCAAGGUCGUCUACCAGGGCGAACGAGAGUCCAGCGGAAAGUACACCUUUGCAGCAUACGCAGAUGGGGUGUACCAUUACUGCUUCAGUAACGCAAUGUCAACGAUGACACCAAAGAUUGUGAUGUUUUCCAUGGAUAUUGGUGAGGCCCCAACGAAAACACAAGAAGGUGAAGAAGUGCAUGAGAACAAAUUAGAAGAGAUGAUCAAGGAGUUGUCCACUGCAAUGGCAUCUGUAAAGCAUGAACAAGAGUACAUGAUGGUUAGAGACCGUAUUCAUCGGUCAAUCAACGACAGUACGAACUCUCGUGUGGUGCUCUGGGCGUUCUUCGAAGCUGCCGUCCUGAUUGCUAUGACACUCGGCCAAGUAUACUACCUGAAGAGGUUCUUUGAAGUGCGGCGAGUAGUGUGAACUGAGUGAAAGCUAUCUAAAGUGCCCUUUCUAUUCUGUCCCCAACCUUCUUCUGCCUGGUGCGACAUGUGAUUCAUCCUGAUGCACAACAGAAUGUGUAAUAAAAUGUUUCCUUUUAA